AAAAGUUAUCUAUAAGUGAGUUUUAUCUUAUUUCAAGUGUACUGGAAACCAAACCAAAAUUACUUGGUAAGCUUUUGUGUUCUUGCUGUGAACAUAAACAUGCGGCUCAUGAUGAACAUCCGCAGAUAAAAACAGACGCCACUAGAUGACGUUAUCAAAACUCCACCAGUCGGACAAAGCAACAACGACCUGAAUAAAACGCAGGUGCACCAUCAGACGUAUCAAGGAGAACAAACUGUUUAUCUCCAGCAGAGGCUCAUUAAGAUCGUGUCACACGGAUUAACAACUGCAGCUCAGCCGUGCACGCUCAGGUAGAGGAGCCACCUCAGGUUCUGGACAGUCCGGUGUUGUGAAGGCUGAUGUGGGCCGCUGGUUCGCGGGAGAAGGCUGCUCAGUCAUUUUCCUUUUCUGUCUGAAGCUUUUAUCUGCGAAGAGAUGUGAAGGUCCGUGGAAAUAAAUAGGGAAUUUGUAAGUGUUCAACCCUGAGAAGGUGAAGAAGUCUGCAGAGAAGACAAGGGUUCCCAGUCGUGUGUGGGAUGUUAACGGACUGGAGGCGCGUUGAGGCUGAAGGAGCAUGGUGAAACACCAACCCUUACAGGUCUACGAGAAGCAGGUUCUUCUGUCUUUGGUCACCGGGAUCUACGGUUGCCGCUGGAAACGCUACCAGCGUUCCCAAGACGAGAGCUCCAAGUGGGAGUGUGCAUGGUUCACCAUCUUGAGUAGCUCCUUCCUUCUCCUUCUCUUUUGGACCUAUUUUUGGUUGGUGGCUCAGAAUGAUUUCAAUGACUUCAACUGGUCGGUGUAUAAUCAUUCUGGGGAGUGGAGGGAUGAGACCAUUCCCAUCGUCACCUCCACCACUGUGGGAUUCAUCUAUAUCACAUUCCUCCUGAUUUUGGCACUUUUCCAUAUAUCCUUGGGUCAACAGCUCAAUCUCUACUGGGUUCACAAGAUUGGAGUGCUGGCUACUCUACUCACCAUUGUCUCUGGUUUUGUCUCUGUCGAUGACGUCUGGGGAAAUGAGUGGGAAAUUAUUCUUGUUUCACUUCAGUUCACUGCUCCUUUCCUGCACAUUGGAGGCCUGAUCACAAUCACAGCUGUGAGCUGGCUGGUAGCUGGCUAUGUGGUUCGCAAAGAGAGAUCCAAUUUCCAGGUGAUGGUGUUGGCGAUCUACAUCCUAGUGCUCCUGGCCCUUUGCCUUGCACCUCUUACCUUCACCUGCCCCUGCAUUAUGGACCGCCAUGUCCUCAAACCACCACCAGUCAUUAUUGGUCGACGGGGAGCUCCUAUGCUGGCCCCUGAAAACACCAUGAUGUCCUUUACCAGAGCCCUGCAGCACGGAGCCAGCUCUCUGGAAGCAGACGUCACCGUCAGUGUGGAUGGAGUUCCUUUCCUCAUGAGGGACCACACCUUAAGACGGACCACAGACGUCAGUAAGGUCUUCCCCUCCAGAGACCAUGAGGACGCCUCCUUCUUUAACUGGACAGAGAUUCACUCUUUAAAUGCAGGCCACUGGUUUUUGGAGAGUGACCCCUACUGGACGGUAAAAACCCUGAGCCCGAAGGAUCGCAGCCGGAUAGGAAACCUGACGAUUUGCAGCCUGGUAGAGAUGCUCCGUCUGGCAGCGAGGGCCAACAGCUCCGUGCUGCUCAAUAUCCGCAAGCCUGCGCCGGAGCACCCGCGCUUCCGCAGCUGGUUCAUGGACACGUUGUGGACGCUGCAGAAAGCAGGGAUUUCCCAGAGAAAGGUGACCUGGGCCCCUGACACGGACAGAGGAAGGGUGCGAGGUCUUCUGCAGACAACAAAUGAGAAACUGUCAGUGGAGGAGAUAAGGCACAGAGGAAUUACAAGUCUGACCAUCCACUACAGAAAGAUCAGCUACCAAGACAUUCAGGUUUAUCUGGCUAACAAUGUGAGCGUGACUGUCUACCCUGUGAAUGAGCCCUGGCUCUACUCCAUCCUGUGGUGUAGCGGGGUGCCUUACGUGUCUUCUGACGCCCCUCAAGUUCUUCAAAAAGUGCCUUACCCCGUCUGGCUCAUGAGUCACAGUGCUUACAACUUCAUCUGGAUCUCUUCAGACCUCGUCUCUGUCGCUGUCAUCAUGGGGAUUUUCUUUUUCCAGAACUAUCAUAUGAUCAGGUGGAGGAUAAGCGGCAUGCAGAACUAUAACCCAGAGCAGAUCAUGCUGAGCGCGGUGGUACGACGGCCCAGUCGAGACGUCAACAUCAUGAAGGAGAAGCUCAUUUUCUCAGAGUUGAACAACGGGCUGGGCAGCACGGAGGAGCUGUCUCUGUAUCCUGAGAACGGCCAUGUUAGAUAUUCUCACGGAGGCCUCAGCUGCUGAGCGACACAGACGGCUACAGGAACGGCUUGGAUUUCGGCUGCUUCAGAUUUUGUACUCUGAACGCGCUUCCCAAUGGGGCAGACAAGAACGUAUCCUUGCAGCGGUAGUGAAAUCAUGAGCGUGUAGCUACCAUCACAAGCAUAAAUCAGUUGGUUUUCUAGUUUAAAUGUUAUAACAACGCUGUUUUUUUUAAAAGAUCAUUUUAAUGUUUUUCAUUUUAAACCACAUUCUUUUAACGUAAUGCCAUAUUUCCAUUAAAUCCAGCGUUUUUGUCUAGGGAAAAAAAAAAAAAAUAUAUAUAUAUAUAUAUGUAUAAAAGCAUCAUCAUCAUCAUCACUACCAAAGUACUAAUUUAAAGUAUGAAGUAUGCUGCUAUGUGUCUAUCACUUCAUGAAUUAAAGUACCAGCAUACAAAUAACUGACCUUUAAAACAUAAAAAAAUAAGACAUGAAACUGAAAUUUCUUUUCUUUUUAACAAAUGUACCCUAUUCUAAUAAAAAGUAGCCCAAACACUUAAAACAUGACACCGGAAAUGAAUAUCUCUUACAGUGGACCCCCACAAACACCGAAAUACUCAAACACUGGAGGCUUCCUUGAGAAAUACUGAUAACUGCCUAUUUUAAUACUCCAAACACCAAAUAUACCUUAAUAUGCAUUAAUACUCACCAUGGAAACCGUCUCAGCACUACUGCAGAAACUCUGCAUCUACAAUCAAGGAAAAUUAAACUCCUGAAUGUGCUGCUUUCCAAAAGCUAGCCAGUGGCGUGUCGGGUAGCAUUGCACCUCGCCAUCUCAGCUUCCCAACAUGCAUCUUUCUUUUGAAUGUUUUAGAUAUGCUCUACGAAAAAUCCACAAAUACAUUUUCUAUGAAUAAAUUCGAAUAAACUCGCACAGAAAAAUCCAGGAAACGGUCAAUCUGCAGCUAUGAAAGUGCGAGGGUCCCUCUGUAUUUUGUUUGUUCUGAGAAAAUUGUACAACAGAUUUAUUUAUUUUUUGGCAGGUUUAUUUCUUUUAAAUCCA